CUUUAAGUAAAAGUUUAGCUUGCACUGUAGCAGGUAAAAGAAAGCAUAUAGGAUCAGAUGAUGUGGGAGGUUAUGAGCAAUGGGUAAAGACAGCUUCCUUUUGGGAGCUGUCUUUACUCAUUGCAACUAAUGGUUGCAAGAAGGAAGUUCUGAAACGAGAUUGGCUUUUUAAAUUAGUGGGCCAUGAAAAUUUUAAAAUUGGAAACAGCAAUUGCUCCAUUGUAAUAUACCCAGCAAAAGGUCUAUCUUUUGAAUAUUCUUUAGUAGUAAAUGGAAAACACUACAAGAAAUUUAAAGAAAAUCAAUCAAAAAUUCUAAAGACAUGGAUUGUUGAUGUUGAUGAUGAGCCAUCACGUGUCGUAUUAGAGAAGGAUACUCUUGAUGUAUGGGUGAAUGGAGAAAAAAUGGAAACAGCAGGAGAAUUUGUUGAAGAUGGAACAGAAACACAUUUUGCACUAGGUCCGUAUCAAGCAUACAUUAAAGCUGUCAGUAGUGGAAACAAAAGGGAAGGAAUAAUACAUACACUGAUUGUUGGUGAUACCAUUAUUCCAGAGAGUGCUGAUUAAUAAGGAUGAUCAAGUUAUCCAUUCAUCCUUAAAGAAGAUGAUGACAGCAAAUUAUCAUCCACCAGGUAUGGUACUAUAAAUAUUUAUAUUGCACAGCCUGCAGGUUAUGGUCUUUCAAACUACUGUACAGUCUUAACAGUUGAAUUACUUUUGUAAGCAGAUUUAAAAUUUAAAAGUCAUUGUACACAUAUAUUUUUAACGUUAGAUCAAAUGAAAAAAGUAUAUAUUUUUGGCAUUUUAACAAACUAUGCAAUGUAGCUGUUUUUUAACACAGGUUUUUUUAAUUUAAUGUAAAAAAGGAUAUCAUUUAAUGAAUUCGUUAGAUGUAGUUUAGUAAAAAAAAGAACUACUUUAUUUUAAGUGUAAUUUUAAAACAAUAAUAGAAAAGCCCACAUUUUCAAAUAUAACUGAAUAAAGCCUAAUUUUGUAUCUUCAGUCAUUAGACUUGAAAUGGAACCGUCCAUUUAUAAUUUCUUUUGCCUAGGAAUAUUUUAAUCUGAUGCAGUAUCAAAUUUCACGAACAAACUUCAUUUUAACUAUAUUUGAUACAUGAUAAAUACUCUGCAUUUGACAAAAUGCACAUACUUUAGAAUAACAUAUAAAAUAUAUAUGUGUACGUGUUAAAGAGUGCAUGACACAUAGUGCAUAUUAAACUUGAAAUAUUUUUAGCAUCCAUGUGUAAUUAAGAUGUGUCAAAUGUAAAGUGUAUUUUAUUUUAGAGGUAUAGCUUAAUUCUGCCAUUUAAUGAUUUUAUUGUAUAAUAAUAAUGUAUUCAUUUAGUUCUUAUUAUAUAUGUUUCAAUAUAAAUUCAGACUUUCAUUUUUUUUUUUUUUCCAAACAAAUGUGUUUAAUUUACAUUCUCAAACCGCAAGAAAGCAAUAAUUUUUGUUAAAAAAUGUUGUACGUACUUCAGUGUCUGUAACUGUAAUCAAGUAAGAUUCAUUUUUAAUCGCAGAGAAAGGAUAUGCAUCUGAGGAAAUAAAGUAAUUCAUAAUGUUCACCAAGCAAGUUAUUCCAGUUUAUUAAUUUUAAGUUACCAUCUGUUUCUUGAUUGAAGGGACUGUAAGUGUUUCUAAAUAUAUAGAUUCCAAGUAAAUUAUACAGAUAUUUCUAGAUAUAUUCUUGCAUAUCUUUGCAGUAAUACUACUUUUUGAAAUGUUUUCUAUUUAAGAAAUACAUGACUUUAAAUAGAAACUAACAAAUAAAAGUAAAUUUUCAUAGUUAGUAAAUAAGUAUAAGCUGAAUACUGUUUAUUUUUAUGCUGAUAGUUAGUGGCGUAUGAAAGCUAGUUUUUUGUGUAUAAAGUAACUGCUGUAUUGAGUUAAUUGAGUUAUAUGAAAAUAUGCAUAUUUGUGCAUUGCAUCCAAGAUCUCAUUAUAUAUUUGUGCUCACAAUGAUCAACUAAAAUGUAUUUAUGAGUCUCAAAGCAAAAUUUGUAUUUAAUUUUUUUAUGAUAGAUAUAUCACGUGGAAUUUUUUUUUCCUUAUUCAUAUAUUCAAGUAUGUUUGUAAAAAUAAAUAAAUAAAUAAAUAAAUAAAUAAAAUUAAUGCUGAUAGAUAAUACUUUACUGAUAGCUUUUUGUAUGCACAAUGCUUCAAUGAGAUAUCUAAUUCCUAGUUUUAUUCAGUCUAAAGGUCAUUAAUGCAGUCAUGAUAUAAAGUUGCACUUUUUUUCCUGUUUGUUAAUCUAAAAUAAUCAUUUAUGAUUAUGAUUAUUAUAUUAAUGUUAGCAGAAAUUGUAGAGGUGUUCAUGCUUAAAACUACUUAAUAUGAUUCAAAAUAUUACUUAGGCUAUAGUGCAGAUGGACUGUGAUUUGUAAGUAAGUCACAUAGCAAACCAUCUGCAGGAAGCUUGAUUUGAUAAUUUUAAGAUUUCUAUAACAUGACUUUACAGUAUUGCUGCCUUAUCUGCAGAUAAUAUGUUCAAAGAGAAAGUAAUGCUGGUGGUUGUCUUUUUGUCUGACGAUUUUUCAAAAUGAAAGCCUUUUGGGGGGGGGCUUUUAUAUUUCAAAAGUAGUACAGGAUCAUAAUUAGAAAAAAUUUUGAUUUUAUGUCAAAAUAUAUCUAUCAGUGAAGUCUUUAAGAUGAUGGAUAUUUAAAUUUAAGACACAGUACUUUCAGCAUACAUGAAAUCUCAUUUUUUAAAAUUCUUUUGUUGGUUUUUCACUAUCAUUAGCCAGAUAGGUACAGCAUGUCAUGAUCAGUUAUACUGUAAUUAGACAAAGAAAUUGUUUAUCUUGACAUCUGAAAAUAGUAUUCUCAUUAGGAUAUCAAGACAAACAUUACAUUAUUAUCUUAUCAGAGGAGAUAUUAAUUUUAUAAUUAUUCUGGUAUCAACCGUAUAGUGGCUGUUAUACUUUCAAGUGAAGUAGGGAGACCAUUAAUGAAAAUUUAAAAGACAACAAAAUCCAAGAUAAUAAGUCUUGUUUCAGAUUUUGAAUGAUACAAAAAUCAUAUUCACAUUUAAAAUAAUUCCUUCAACUAUAUACAGUCAAAAGUCUUCAAUCCAGACUCGUCGGGACUUCGGCGAUUCCAGGUUAUAGAUCAUC